UAAAGAAAUAAAGAAAUAAAAGAUUUCCAAUUUUUUUUGUGCUUUCGCUUUUAUUUUCCGCUUCGAGUUUUUCGGGGAAAAGCUUUUGUUGCUUUGUGCUUAAUGGAGGGACCUUAAGCUCGCUCUCUCUGCUUUUCUCGCUCUGCGUUUCGUGCAAUUCUUGUGAAGUUCAAAGCGCAAAUCGAUCUUCGGUUCUUUCUCUGGUUCAUUCGCUAAGCCUUUUCAGCACAAUUGAAGAGGGAAUUCUGAAAAUUUUGAAGUCUGAUGUCUCCACCACUACUGGGUGUGGAGGAGGAAGGGCAGAGCAAUGCCUCUUUAGUGGCUUCUUCAGGCUCUAUGGAUUGUCUCUCGCAGAGUGGCUCAGGAUUAAAGGAACGUAAUUAUCUGGGAUUAUCAGAUUGUUCUUCAGUGGACAGCUCCACAAUUACUAGCUUGUCCAAGGAGAAUAAGAACAAUCUGAAUCUGAAAGCCACCGAGUUGAGGCUUGGUCUUCCUGGAUCACAAUCUCCUGAAAGAGAUCCAGACCUUUCUUUGCUGAAAUCAGGAAAACUUGAUGAGAAGCUGCUGUUUCCCUUGCUUCCUUCAAAGGAUGGAAUUUGUGCAUCAUCUCAAAAAACUGUUGUUUCAGGCAACAAAAGAGGGUUCUCUGACACCAUGAAUGGGUUCCCUGAGAUGAAAAGUUCUGGUUACACUGAAGGAAAUUGGAUAUUUCAUGCAUCUGGGUCCGAAUCUGAAUCUCCACAAUCUGUAGGACAAGGAAAGUUUCCUGCAAAUUCCACAAUAAAUGUAAUGCUAUCAUCCAGGUCUUCUGGGGCACAGCCAGCAGCUGUAAACAAAGAGGCGCCGCCAAAGGCAUCGCAGGAGCAUCCUCAUGCUACCAAUGGAAGUAGUCAUAACCAGAUCACAACUAAUAACAGUAGCAGUGCACCUGCUGCCAAGGCACAGGUUGUUGGUUGGCCCCCAAUAAGAUCAUUUAGGAAGAAUACACUGGCGACCACUUCAAAGAAUAAUGAUGAACUUGAUGGGAAACUGGGUCCUGGUGCUCUUUUUAUCAAAGUCAGCAUGGAUGGUGCUCCUUACCUCAGGAAGGUAGACCUGAGAACAUACUCAACAUAUCAAGAACUCUCUUCUGCACUUGAGAAGAUGUUCAGCUGUUUUACAAUAGGCCAAUGUGGAUCCCAUGGAACUCCAGGAAGAGAAAUGCUAAGUGAGAGCAAAUUGAGGGAUCUUCUACAUGGAUCAGAGUAUGUGCUUACUUAUGAGGAUAAGGAUGGUGAUUGGAUGCUUGUGGGAGAUGUUCCAUGGGAGUUGUUUAUCAAUUCAUGCAAGAGACUUAAGAUUAUGAAGAGUUCUGAUGCCAUUGGCUUAGCUCCCAGGGUGAUGGAGAAAUCCAAAAAUCGAAACUAGCUGGUGCUGGGGGCCUUCCUGAGCAGUAGGAAAGCGAAGAAAGUUGCAAUAGAGGAAGGAGCAAAGUGACAGGAUGGCUCAGCUGAACAGCUGAUCAUGGUUAGCUGCUUUUCUUUGUCUUACCUAUGUUUGGAUUUGCAAGGAGAAGUCCACAGUGGUAUGUGUGUGUCUUAAGUUUACAACAUAGAACCUGAUUAAAGUUUUAUUAAGAAAAUUAGUGUUUGGUGAGUCAAUAUUUCUUUAUAGGAACCUUUAGUUGUUAACAUGCUUUGUAUUUGAUGAAUGUGUGUUUGAUCAAAAACCAGUUGGAAAUGAUGUUUCAACCACUACUUUUAUGGACUGCUAUGUGAUGUGAUGGAUUAUGUUAUUAUUUCUUACUUGAAAUGUAUCUGCAAGUGUUCAUACUUCA